AUGGAAGGAGACAUGAAGCAGAUGAAGAUGUGCCAAAUGAUUGCAAUUAGAAUAAACGAAUUAGGUGACGGCGGCUGGGACGUAUUCGCGCGAUUCUACAAGGAUUUUUAUGAAACCUCUACGAAGAAUCUUAUAGGUAAUCUGAGAAAGGAAAGAAACAACGAAGUGACUAGACUUAAGUAUCAAACCGGAUUUGGAAAUGAAUUUGCCUCAGCCGAUGAACGUGUGCCCGAUGCCUUACCAGUCGGACGCAACUCUCCUCAGAAAUGCCCUCAUGGCCUCUAUGCUGAGCAACUAAGUGGAACAGCUUUCACAGCUCCACGCGUAUCCAACCAACGCAGUUGGCUUUAUCGUAUUCGACCAUCUGUUGUUCAUCGUCCAUUUUCACGUGUGCAGUAUGGUAGUUUUACAAACACUUUCUCGAACUGUUUGCCAAAUCCAAAUCAGUUCCGUUGGCAUCCUCAUACCCUCCCCACAUCUGAGAAUGUCGAUUUCGUAGACGGACUCUACACAGUAUGCGGUGGAGGUGAUGUUAUUUCACGCAGUGGAUUAUCAGUUCAUCUUUAUGCUUGUAAUUCUUCGAUGAACUCCCGUGCAUUCUACAAUGCUGAUGGAGAUUUCCUAAUUGUUCCUCAACAAGGAUCUCUUGAAGUUACAACUGAAUUUGGACGUCUGCUCGUUGAGCCACAGCAGAUCAUAGUUAUUCCUCAAGGAAUCCGGUUCUCUAUAGGAGUCAAAGGACCUUCUCGUGGAUAUGUUUUAGAAGUAUAUGGAACACACUUCCAAUUACCAGAUUUGGGCCCCAUCGGAGCUAAUGGCCUAGCUAAUCCACGUGAUUUUGAAACUCCCGUUGCAUGGUUCGAAGAUGUUGACAAGCCAUUCACCAUAAUCAGCAAAUAUCAGGGAGCGUUCUUCCAAGCUGAACAGGACCACUCUCCAUUCGACGUUGUUGCAUGGCACGGAAACUAUGUUCCUUUCCGUUACGAUUUGCGGCAUUUCAAUGUCAUUAACACAGUUUCCUUCGAUCAUUGUGAUCCUUCGAUUUUCACUGUUCUGACAGCUCCUUCUGUGAAGCAUGGCACAGCCAUAGCUGAUUUUGUCAUUUUCCCACCAAGAUGGGGUGUAGCUGAUAACACUUUCCGUCCACCUUACUAUCAUAGAAAUUGUAUGUCUGAGUACAUGGGAUUAAUUUCUGGAGUGUAUGAGGCUAAAGAAGGAGGAUUCCGUCCAGGAGGAGGAUCGCUCCACUCUAUCAUGACCCCUCAUGGUCCUGACUACACAUGUUUCGAGAAAGCCUCUAACGAUGAAUUGAAACCUGCUCGUGUUGCUGAUGGAACAAUGUCGUUUAUGUUUGAAAGUUCUCUAAAUAUGGCAAUUACUAACUGGGCUCAAAUCGAAAACGUUGAUGAGAAUUAUUAUAAGGAUUGGCAGCCAUUGAAGAAGCACUUCACUCUUUCGAAAUAA